AGAACAAGUUUGUUAAUCCAGGUGCCAUCAUUUGGUACAUAGCCACUUUCUUCUAAAUAUACAUAGAAGUGGUUCGCCGGCGGCGUGGCACCCCCACCUCCCUUAAUAGACCUGCCCCUGGGUACUACACCUUGGCCUUCAAGGCCGUUAGCUGCUUCGUUACUUUUGGGUUUUAUAACGCACGCAUAUAUGACGUAUGCGCUAUAGUUUCUUCCUUUGGGACAGUAGAAGGACCUCCAAUUGGAGCCGGCAGCUUCUGCAGACUGAAAGAACAAGAGGAGCAGGACCUCGUUGUAAGAUUUGAUUUCAGCAGUCCAGUCCACGGGGAACGCCAUGCACGCUCUGAUGCGCCAAUCCGCCGCUCAUGUACGAGCCAAUUCCCACUUCAUUCACAUUUCAACAUCUAAAGCUCCGUCAAUCAAAGAGACGGGCCUCUACGGCUAUAAUCAUUUGAAAACUCCUAAAGGCUUUCAACGAUUCGUCGACGAUGCUAUUGAAAGGUCAGAAGAACUUGUGAACUAUAUAGCUGGCAUGCCUUCAUCUCCUGAAAUUAUCCGAGCAAUGGAUGAGAUUUCUGAUACUGUGUGCUCAGUAAUUGAUUCAGCUGAAUUAUGCAGACAUACUCAUCCAGACAGGGAGUUUGUUGACGAGGCAAGCAAGGCGGGCUUACGAAUAAAUGAGUUUUUACAUUACCUUAAUACAAACCAUAGUAUAUACAAGGCAGUGAUAAAAGCAGAAAAAGAUAGCUCACUCACUCAUGAAGCUCAGAGGGCAGCCCGCUUUCUACGAAUGGACUUGGAAAAGGGGGGAAUCCAUCUUUGCCCUGAAAAGCUUGAUCGAGCUAAUGAGCUAUCCAUUGACAUUAUUCAGUUGUGUAGAGAGUAUAAUAAAAAUAUUAUUACUGACCCUGGCCAUGUGGAUAUAUUUCCAGCCUCUAAGAUCCCUAAGAAAAUGCACCAUUUUGUCAGCCCUAUCUAUCGUAACAUACCAGGUGCAUCUAAGGAAUCUCUGGGGUCAAGAGAUAACAUAAAAGAAAAAGGAUUCCGCAUAGCAACUGAACCAAGUACUCUGCAAGGCCUUCUUCAAUGUUUACCAGAUGCUGGGGUCAGGAAGAUGGCAUAUGUCCAAGGAAAUUCUGUUCCACAUGCAAACCUUGAGGUUCUUGAUAAGCUUAUCGCAACAAGACAUGAGUUUGCUCAGCUUAUGGGUUAUAAAUCUUAUGCUGAAUUUUCUCUACAUUCUACUAUGGCUGCAUCUCCUGAAGUGGUCUUAUCCUUUUUGCUUGAAAUGAGCAAAGUGGUCAGACCAAAGGCUGAUCAAGAGUUUGAGGCAAUUCGGGAUUUCAAGAGAGAGAAAAGUGGUGAGCCUAGUGGAGAGUUGGAGCCAUGGGAUGAGGCAUACUUCACAUGGUUGAUGAAGUCUGCAACAUACAAGUUGGACUCCUCGAUUAUAGCAUCAUAUUUUCCUUUACCACAGUGUAUUGAGGGUUUGAAAAUUUUGGUUGAGUCACUCUUUGGUGUGACUUUUCACAGAGUACCCCUUGCACCUGGUGAAUCAUGGCAUCCGGAUGUGUUAAAGAUAGUGCUACAUCAUCCGACUGAGGGAGACCUGGGGUACUUAUACCUUGAUUUAAAGUCAAGAAAAGGUAAACAUCCCAUUUGUGCUCAUUUCGCUAUCCGAGGAGGGCGUCGUGUUUCCGAGACAGAAUACCAACUUCCUGUUGUAGCACUGGUUUGCAAUUUCUCUGGGUCGAGUUUGGCUCCUGUGAGGCUUAACCACUUUGAAGUAGAAACACUUUUCCAUGAGUUUGGGCAUGCUCUCCAUUCAUUGCUCUCAAGAACGGAAUAUCAACACUUUCCGGGUACAAGAGUAGUUCUUGAUUUUGCUGAAACGCCUUCAAACCUAUUUGAGUCCUAUGCAUGGGAUUAUCGGGUGUUAAAGACAUUUGCUAAGCACUACUCAACUGGUGAUGUCAUUCCCAAAGAACUCGUGGAAUCAAUGGUGGGAGCUAAGAAGAUGUUUGCUGCAACUGAAUUGCAACGCCAGAUCUUCUACGCAUUAGUUGACCAAACACUUUUCGGAGAGCAGACAUCCACAGGGAGAGAUACAAUGGCGAUUGUUGCAGAUUUGAAAAGACAACAUACAAGUUGGACACAUGUGGAAGGAACACAUUGGCAUACCCGAUUCAGUCACCUUACAAACUAUGGUGCAGGUUACUAUAGCUACUUGUAUGCAAAAUGCUUUGCCACAACUAUCUGGCAAAGGAUAUGCCAAGAGGAUCCUUUAUCACUUGACACGGGUUUGGCUUUAAGAACGAAAUUUUUGCAGCAUGGAGGAGCCAAAGAUCCAGCUGAUAUACUGAAUGAUCUUGUGGGGAGUGGCAUCUUAAGGAAUUGCAGUGGUGGAAUAAUACCGGACAUUACAAGCCUUUGUGAGGAAAUGGAGCUCAAAAAACGCUAGCAAAAGGAGUUCUAACCCCCAAAUAAAGGCCAUCAUAGAAGGGUUGGAGUGACUUGGUGUUGAUUUAAGAAGAUGCUUCUCAUCGUAAUAGUAGUAACUAUAUGAUGCUGGUCUGAAGAGAUUUCAUCACGGCCAAGCAAGCAAAUUAAACAAUUUGCCAGCAUGUCAUUCUUGAAGUUAGUGUUCAGAGGAAACAUCUCAUGGCCAGGCUAUUUAAUGAGCAAUUCUCCGAAGAAACUAAUUGUGUGUAUUUUGAUCAUUCUUUGCUUAAUUUGACAAAGUGCGUGUAUUCCAAUAAAACAGGAGAUGUAAUGAUGCAAGGGAGUUUAUCAAUGUGCAACAUGAAUGUUGACCAAGGAAGUGGUAUGGAAAAUAACCCAGCAUCUCUAAAAAAAAAAUUAAUGGAUGAAAAUACACUUUUUCUA